GUUUUAUCCAAAUUCCCAAGAAUCACUGAGAUUUGUCCUAUUGACUGUAAAUGUAACUGAGUUCAUCCAAAGACCAUUGCGUAAAUACAUAUUCUUGGGAACGAGGAACUACAGAAGUGCUCUGCAAUGCUUUCCACUGAAGUGCUCUCUUAUAUAUGACUACCCAGGGCCAAGAUUUAAGAGAGAUGUUGAUUUGAAUCCUCACUAUGAAGUAUAAGAAAAUGGAAAGCUCUGAAGAAAUUUUGACAAUGGACAUGGAUUAUAAACAGUCUCAAUUUCGGAAAGAUGGCCCCUGUGGCAGGCGGAUGGAUAUCCUUGUGCUUCUGGGAACGAUUGCCAUAGUGAUUUCCAUGACUAUGAUAUUUGUCAUCUACUGCAGCCAAGAAAGAAAGUUCUCUGCUCUUCACAGCUGGAUGGAGAGUCUCAACUCAACCACCAUUUCUGACCAUCAUAUCACAGGAAUUUCUGAAUCGAGGUUGUCUGAUCUUGAGAUUUUGAUGAGCAGCCUCGGCUUGACAUUGACUUCCCUGACAUCCAAACAAGAUGAAAACCUGAAAAGACUCGAGCAGCGACAAGACGUCAAUAACGCCGAGAUGAAGAACCUGCUGCUCAGUUUAAAUUCUUCAUUAUCAGCACUGACCUCCAAACUAAAUGAUGCAGUUAACAACCAGGAACAGAAGCUGGCAGAAACACAACAAUUGCUGGACAGUUUGAAGACAUCAGUCUCAAAUCAACAAAAUAAACAAUGUGACUGUGACUCACUGUCAAGCUCACUAAGAGAUGUUCAGAGUUCAAUGUCUAAUCUGACUUCAUCUGUCGUGUCUCUUUCAUCUAAACAACAGAUCACUGAAGAGAGACUCAUAAGCAGUUUAAAUGAACUGAAAGCCCAGAUUAACACCAAAUCAUCUUCAGAUAAACCGGUAUGUAACUGUAAAUCUGGCUGGAUCCAGUAUGGAAGCAGCUGUUAUCUGUUCUCCAGUAACACAUUCAACUGGAUGGAGGCACGAGAUUACUGUAAAAAACAGGGAGCAUCGCUCCUGAAACUCGAUGGGAGCGACGACGAAUGGGGAUUUUUGACAGGUACAACCGGAACAGUCCCUCACUGGAUUGGUCUGACGGAUCAGACCACAGGGCAGUGGAGAUGGACAGACGACACUCCUUACACGGAUAAAAAUCGUUGGGGUGAAGGACAGCCGGAUGACUGGAAAGAACACGGACUGGGAGAGGGGGGAGAAGACUGUGGCCAUAUAACGUAUAGGCAUACAUUAAAUGAUGACCACUGCUCUUCAAAAUAUAACUGCAUUUGCAAAGUGUAAAACUAAACCUAAAGUAACUGAAAUACGGCAAGAUGAUCAGAAAUGAAUACUUCAGGACAUCAGUUAUGUAGUUGAAAGCAAAAUCAAAAGUCCUCAGGUUACCCUGAACCUUUGUAACUUUGAUUUGAAUUUUUUUUUUUUUUUUUUUUGAGAAAAUAAAACAAUGUUUAAAUAUAAGAAUUCAGGUAAUGAAUUAAUUCUGUCUCAUUGUACAUGUAGCCCUUGAGUGUCUGAGGGGGUUUUCUCGAUACUGAGGGUUCAGAAUACAAGAUUAUUCGGAAACAUUUUUAAAACUGUAUUGUAGGUCUGUUUAUUUCUCUAUAACCCAAUAUGUAAUCUUCAAGAUUCCGUUUAUUUGUUUGUAUAUUUUAUCUAUAUUAGGUUUUUGUCACCACCGUCAGAUGUCACCACCGUCAGGUUUUCUGUCUUUUCUGUCAGGUUUUAUGUAUUUUUAGGAAGUUAUGAUUUGAUAUUUGUUCAUCACAGUGCUCAGGAUUGUUAUUUUUGGGACCAAAUAUUUACAUAAAGUUUAAGCAAGAA